UCUAGUAAUCCCCAUUCCUAAUUUCUUUCCAAGUCCAUGCUUUUGUCGUAGCUUUUCAAAAUUUUGAAAAACUUUGAAAAUAUAUGCUUCUGCCUAUUAAAUUACUGUGAUCUAUCCGUUUGGAAUGAGAGAACCGUGGUUUCCAUGUUCUGAUAACUCAGUUUAGCCACAGGACUUGUAAAUAUGUGCACGUAGGCCUGGCGAAGCUGGUUGCAUAAUUUUUUAAUCUUCUCAAAGGCUGAGAACCUGAACAUAAAACAAUAAUAAUGCUACGAAGAAAAUUAUCGGGGCAGCCUUCAUGGCUAGCCAUUCAAAGAUGUUGUCAACCUUUGCCCUCUACGUAUCCCUCUACCUUUGUUUUAUCAAAGUCUUUCCAUAGAUCACAAAUAUUGGAAAGCAAUCCUCAAAGACGGCCAAGUUUCUUCUCGCAAGUCAUAGAUAACAUAAAGCAAGAAAUGGAGAAGAAUAAAGAGAUGAAAGAGAACAUCAAGAAGUUCAGGCAAGAAGCGGAGAAGUUGGAACACUCGGACGCUCUGCAAAAGGCCAGGCAGAAGUUCCAGACAGUUGAAUCUGAGGCCAAUAAAGGCUCCGAAGUGCUCAAGGAAAGGUUUGGAAGUUUCAAGGACAAAUUUGAAGAUGUUCUGGAAGAAGCUGGAAAGACGGACAUAGCUAAAAAAGCUGGUCAAUUUACUGAAGGAAUUGGUAAAACAGCCAAAGAUGCCGCAGAGAGCAUCUCUGAAACGGGUCACAAGAUUGGACAGACUCAAGCCUUCCAGGCCAUUUCUCAAACUGCCUCAGUUGUGAAAAAGGAACUUGAUAAGAGUGGCAUGCAGGUUCACAUGUACUGCCGUCCAGUCAAACUUCGCAAACGGAAAGAAGUUCCAGACGAUGCGGAGGAAAAAAUUGUUGAGCCGAAUCUUGACGCUACCGGAAUGGAACUGCACAAGGACUCAAAAUUCUUCCAGAACUGGCAGAAUUUCAAAGAGAACAAUCCCUACGUCAACAAAGUGGUCGACUGGAAAAUGAAGUACGACGAGAGCGAAAAUCCUGUGAUUCGCGCCUCGAGACUUCUCACUGAUAAAGUGAGCGACAUCAUGGGCGGUCUUUUCCAGAAAACGGAACUGUCAGAGACAUUGACGGAAAUCUGCAAGGCUGACCCCAACUUUGACAAAAACAAGUUCCUCCUGCAGUGCGAGACGGACAUCAUCCCCAACAUUCUGGAAGCUAUGGUCCAGGGUGACCUGGAAAUUUUGAAAGACUGGUGUUACGAGGCUCCCUACAACAUUCUUGCUACGCCCAUCAAGCAGGCCAAAGCCUUGGGAAUGAGAUUUGAUUCUAAGAUUAUCGAUAUUGACAAUAUCGACCUGGCCUUAGGCAAGAUGAUGGACCAGGGGCCAGUGCUGAUCAUCACCUUCACGGCGCAACAAAUCAUGUGUUUGAGAGACUCCGCGGGGAAAGUCGUAGAAGGUGACGCUGACAAAAUCAUGCGGGUGAAUUAUGUGUGGGUUUUAUGUCGAGACCAAACCGAGUUAGACCCCAGGGCAGCGUGGAAGCUGCUGGAGCUUGCAGCCACUAAUAUGCAGGAGCAGUUCGUCUGAGAAACUCAAAAGUUGUCUCUGCCUUGCGAUUCAAUAAGCAGCCAUAAAUUUGAAUUACCUCUAUGCGUUGAAUCUGCCGCGCUUCUAGACCGAGCACAUAUUUCCUUCCGUUCUGUUGCUCCGCGUCUAGAGACGAUUGUUUGAAGUUGAUAAACACUGUGAUUAGUCAGAGCGAUUGCUGCAGAGGGAAAUAUUAUGAGAAAGAAAAAAAUGUUCAAAGUUGAAAAUAAAACAAAAUAAUAUUGCCUCUCCGGAAAGGAAAA